AUGGAGGCUAUCAAGCAGACUUUUCAACGCUGCAAGGCGCAGGGCCGGCCGGCGCUGGUCACGUAUGUGACUGCGGGAUACCCUCGACCGGAAGACACGCCUGGAAUCUUGCUGGCUAUGGAGAGGGGAGGAGCCGAUGUCCUCGAACUCGGUGCUCCCUUCACGGAUCCCAUUGCUGACGGACCGACCAUUCAAACGGCAAACACGAUUGCUCUGCAAAAUGGCGUGAGCAUCGAGUCGACUCUGGGCAUGGUCAAGGAGGCCAGGUCUCGCGGCCUCAAGGCUCCCGUCAUGCUCAUGGGCUACUACAACCCCCUUCUCAGCUACGGCGAGGAGCGUCUGCUGCAGGACUGCAAGGAAUCCGGUGUCAAUGGCUUCAUUGUCGUCGAUUUGCCCCCCGAGGAGGCAGUCUCCUUCCGCAAGCUCUGCACCAAGGGACAUCUCUCAUAUGUCCCCUUGAUCGCUCCUGCGACCUCAGAUACUCGUAUGAAGAUUCUUUGCCAGCUGGCGGACUCUUUCAUCUACGUUGUCUCAAGACAAGGUGUUACCGGCGCUACCGGAUCUCUCAGUUCCCAUCUCCCUGAGCUCCUCGGCCGAGUUAAGAAGUACAGCGGCAACAAGCCGGCAGCCGUCGGCUUCGGUGUCAGCACCCACGAGCACUUCCAGAGCGUCGCCGCCAUCGCCGACGGUGUUGUUGUCGGCAGUCAGAUCAUUACCACGAUCCAGAAGGCCGCCUCUGGCCAGCACGAAGCCGACGUUGAGAACUACUGCGCCUACCUCUGCGGCCGCGAUGCUCGACCUGUUUUCAAGGAUGAAGUUGCUCUGGUUCAGGAUGCCCCUGGCAAUCAGGGCGCCAGCUCAGAUUCCGUCUCCGUUAAUGCAGUUGUUACUGAUGUCCAAAUCACGGCAGAGCAAGACAGCGCCUUGGUGGCCCAGUUGGCUGCUCUCCAUGGCAAAAUUCCUGAGCGAUUUGGAGAGUUUGGUGGCCAGUAUGUCCCUGAGAGUUUGAUGGACUGCUUGUCCGAGCUUGAGGAGGGUUUCAACAAGAUCAAGGACGAUCCAUCGUUCUGGGAGGAGUACCGAUCAUACUAUGACUACAUGGGACGACCUUCUCGUCUUCACCUGGCAGACCGUCUUACCGAGCACUGUGGCGGUGCCAACAUCUGGCUCAAGCGAGAGGAUCUGAACCACACCGGUAGCCACAAGAUCAACAACGCCCUCGGACAGCUGCUUCUGGCUAGACGUCUGGGAAAGACCAAGAUUAUUGCUGAGACUGGAGCCGGCCAGCACGGUGUUGCCACUGCUACCGUGUGUGCCAAAUUUGGCAUGGAGUGCACAGUUUACAUGGGAGCUGAGGAUGUUCGUCGACAGGCUCUCAACGUCUUCAGAAUGAGACUGCUUGGCGCCAAGGUUGUGGCUGUGGAGGCUGGAAGCAAGACUCUUCGAGAUGCCGUCAACGAGGCUCUCCGUGCCUGGGUGACUGAUCUCGAGACCACUCACUACAUCAUCGGAUCUGCCAUUGGACCUCACCCCUACCCUACCAUUGUGAGGACCUUCCAGUCCGUGAUCGGUGACGAGACCAAGAAGCAGAUGCAGGAGCUGCGAGGCAAGCUCCCCGAUGCCGUUGUUGCCUGUGUUGGUGGAGGCAGCAACGCCGUUGGCAUGUUCUACCCCUUUGCCAAUGAUCCCACAGUCAAGCUUCUGGGUGUUGAGGCCGGUGGUGAUGGUGUCGACACGGCCAGACAUAGCGCCACCCUUACCGGUGGAUCAAAGGGCGUUCUUCACGGAGUCCGAACAUACGUUCUCCAGGACAAGAACGGCCAGAUCAUCGAGACGCACUCUGUCUCUGCUGGUCUCGACUACCCCGGUGUCGGUCCUGAGCUGAGCUCCUGGAAGGAUGCUGAGCGUGCCAAGUUUAUUGCUGCAACUGAUGCUGAGGCUCUGAUGGGCUUCAAGCUUCUCAGCCAACUGGAGGGUAUUAUCCCUGCGCUGGAGUCGGCUCACGGAAUCUAUGGUGCCAUUGAGCUGGCCAAGACGAUGAAGAAGGAUGAGGACCUGGUCAUCUGCCUUUCCGGCAGAGGAGACAAGGAUGUGCAGAGCGUGGCUGAGGAGUUGCCCCGACUUGGUCCCAAGAUUGGCUGGGACCUUCGCUUUUAGAUGAUUCAGGCAGGGGGUUUUGAGAUGUUUUCUUUAGCAUGAGAUUGGUGGCGUAAAAGUUGUGCGCUCAGGAUAUCAGGCGUUUCAAAAUCUUUUUAUUUUCUUUCGCGUGGUUGCUUUGCUGCGGGAUGGCGGGGUUUAUUCUACAUGA